AAAAACCUUAUCAGUGUUCAGAGUGUUUGAAAGACUUUUCAUGUAAAUCAUAUCUAAUACAACACAUGAGUGUUCACUCACAAGAAAAACCAUAUCAGUGUUCAGAGUGUUUGAAAGACUUUUCACGUAAAUCACAUCUAAUACAACACAUGAGAGUUCACUCACAAGAAAAACCUUAUCAGUGUUCAAAGUGUUUGAAAGACUUUUCAAGUAAAUCACAUCUAAUACAACACAUGAGAGUUCACUCACAAGAAAAACCAUAUCAGUGUUCAGAGUGUUUGAGAAGCUUUUCAUGUAAAUCACAUCUAAUACAACACAUGAGAGUUCAUUCACAAGAAAAACCAUAUCAGUGUUCAGAGUGUUUGAAAGACUUUUCACGUAAAUCACAUCUAAUAAGACACAUGAGAGUUCAUUCACAAGAAAAACCAUAUCAGUGUUCAGAGUGUUUGAAAGACUUUUCACAAAAAACAAAUUUAAUAAAACACAUGAGAGUUCAUUCACAAGAAAAACCAUAUCAGUGUUCAGAAUGUUUGAAAGACUUUUCACAAAAAUCACAUUUAAUAAAACACAUGAGUGUUCAUUCACAAGAAAAACCAUAUCAGUGUUCAGAGUGUUUGAAAGACUUUUCAUGUAAAUCACAUCUAAUAAGACACAUGAGAGUUCAUUCACAAGAAAAACCAUAUCAGUGUUCAGAAUGUUUGAAAGACUUUUCACAAAAAUCACAUUUAAUAAAACACAUGAGUGUUCAUUCACAAGAAAAACCAUAUCAGUGUUCAGAGUGUUUGAAAAACUUUUCACGUAAAUCACAUCUAAUAAGACACACGAGAGUUCAUUCGCAAGAAAAACCAUAUCAGUGUUCAAAGUGUUUGAAAAACUUUUCAUGUAAGUCAUAUCUAAUAAGACACAUGAGAGUUCAUUCACAAGAAAAACCAUAUCAGUGUUCAGAGUGUUUGAAAGACUUUUCACAAAAAACACAUUUAAUAAAACAUAUGAGUGUUCAUUCACAAGAAAAACCAUAUCAGUGUUCAGAGUGUUUGAAAAACUUUUCAUGUAAAUCACAUCUAAUACAACACAUGAGAGUUCAUUCACAAGAAAAACCAUAUCAGUGUUCAGAGUGUUUGAAAGACUUUAAACAAAAAUCACAUUUAAUAGAACACAUGAGUGUUCAUUCACAAGAAAAACCAUAUCAGUGUUCAGAGUGUUUGAAAGACUUUUCACAAAAACCAAAUUUAAUAAAACACAUGAGAGUUCAUUCACAAGAAAAACCAUAUCAGUGUUCAGAAUGUUUGAAAGACUUUUCACAAAAAUCACAUUUAAUAAAACACAUGAGUGUUCAUUCACAAGAAAAACCAUAUCAGUGUUCAGAGUGUUUGAAAGACUUUUCACAAAAAACAAAUUUAAUAAAACACAUGAGAGUUCAUUCACAAGAAAAACCAUAUCAGUGUUCAGAAUGUUUGAAAGACUUUUCACAAAAAUCACAUUUAAUAAAACACAUGAGUGUUCAUUCACAAGAAAAACCAUAUCAGUGUUCAGAGUGUUUGAAAGACUUUUCAUAUAAAUCAAGUGUAAUAAGACACAUGAGAGUUCAUUCAUAAGAUAAACCAUAUCAGUGUUCAGAGUGUUUGAAAGACUUUCUCUCUAAAUCAGAUCUAAUAAGACACACGAGAGUCCAUUCACAAAAUAAAUCAUAUCAAUGUUCACUCUGUUUCUAAUAUUUUUCACAAAAAUCACAUGUACUAUAACGUAUGAUAUUUCAUUCACAAGAAAAACCAUAUCACUGUUUAAAAGACUUCUCACAAAAAAAUAAUUCUAGUACUAUACAUGAGAGUUCAUUCAGUAUAGAAGCCUACCAGGCCCAUGGCCUGGUAUGCUAUUCUGUGGCUUAUACUGCAACUCUAAGCUAGAUCCCCUUCAUCACCAAUGUUUAUGUUCAUGCCUUGGUCCUUUCAUCCUCUGUUGAAAGCCUCUAUGGUGAGGCGAAUGUUCCUUCCUUAGCUGAUUAUGAGGAUGCUUAUUGCUGUCAUUAUUUUUUCAGUGCAUAUGAACUUCGUUUUCCUUCUAUGUAUAGGUUGGUCUCCAGGGUUAGUAGUGGUCCAUUAUUUGAUCAGUGCCUCUGCUUAUUCUGUCCGUUUUCUCUUAAUCUUCACUUGCUCAGGUCUUCUCUCCAGUUCCCUCCCUUGUAUAUUCAUGUAGCAUCUGCCUUUCCCCUUCCCUCUUGGGAAGUUCCAACAGUUGUGUCUGUUCUCCUCUACUGCUGUGUGCUAAAGGUCUCAUACCUACAACUGUUUCUUGCUCUCUUUUUCUUGAUCACUUCUAGUCUCAUGCUUGUGUCGUUGGCAUUUAUACAUCUGGUUUUAAAUCUUCUGAUGGCGUUGGGUUCAUGGCAAUGUCCCUGAUGAUGAUGUUUGGGGUCAUAUGUUAGACUUGGCUAGUAUUUUUACAGGCGAGUUGUAUGUCAUUGUUAUGACCAAGGUCAUAAUGAGAUUAAUUUAUGUUUUGUCCACUUAAUAUUAUACUUGGGGUUUCUUUAAUAUUAGUUAAAGAUUCCACUAGUUUAUAAUAUUAUCUGGUUUAGGAAUAUACCCGGGUA